AAAACUCUGGGAGUCGGGCGAGUAACCGAGUUACAAUUAGGGUUCUGAAGGAAGUGACGGGACCGAAUGAGAAAGUCAGAAGGGGGGGCAGGUUUUUUUAUUUUUAUUUUUAUAAGAGAAAAUCAGCAAACGUGUGACAACAACGUGUGUCGCGAGCGGUGCGAAAGAGAAACAAGUGGCCGGGCUGGUAUCCCCAUAUGGAGGCAGAGAGAGCGACGCCUUCGCGGUGAAGCGGCGGUGACAGCGCGACGCCGGGGCUGAAACACGCCAAAGUAUCGCGCUUCGUCUCAUGCCGGAGGGCAUUUAAAGAACUUCGGUAGCAUGGUCCUUUUAGGCGGAUGCCACACAGCGACGGGGGCCGUGCGCUGACUUUGUGGAAGCUUCGUGCUUGAUGCGCCUCCGGGACGGCUGCACCCCCACCCCCUUUUUUUCAACACAUUAAGUUAUCGUUUUCUCCCUCCCCCCCCUUUCCCCAAUCUGGGUCCGGUUUCGCUUCUUCCGGAAUGUUUUCGCGGCGCGACCGGCCCGGUUCGGUUCGGACUGUCCUGUUGGUGGCGCUGGUUGCGUCCCUGGGGGCGGCCGCCGAGUUGAGGGUCCGGGUCCGCUUGUCUGACGGGCACAUCGCCGAGGAGACGCUGGAGGCGGACGGCGAGCAGGAUUCCGUCACGCUGGAGUUCAAGCAAGGCGACGGCACCCUCAUUACCUUCCUGGCGGAUUUCAAGCAGGAGGUGAAGUUGUUCCGCGCGCUGAUCUUGGGCGAGCCGGAGCGGGGCCAGAACCAGUACCAAGCCCUCUGCUUCAUCACGCGCCUCAACAGCAACGAGAUCAUUCCCAGCGAGUCCAUGGCCCGCCUGCGGCAGAAAAACCCUCACGCGAUCCGGUCAGCGGAGGAGAGGCGGACCGAGGACCAACUGGCCAUGAACGUAGCGGUUAACCUGAGCCGGGCGUGGCAGCUCAGCGCCCACGUCCACAACAUGUGCGCCGAGGCUCAGGAGGCCAUCUACACCCGCGAGGUGGACGUCAAGCACUGGCUGGACAAAGGAGUAGAAGGCUCCGUGUUCGAGAUCCUGCCCCAGGAAGAGGACGUGCCGGACUUGCAGACGUGCGCGACCUCACGGGACAUGUGGCAGGCCUGCUCCUGCCGCUACAGCCUGAGGCUGGAGUGGUACCCCUGCCUGCUGAAGUACUGCCGCAGCCGGGAGGGGGUGAGCAAGGGCAGCCCCUACAAGUGUGGCAUCAAGAGCUGCAGCAAGGGCUACCGCUUUGAGUACUAUGUGGCUCACCGGCACCUGUGCCUCUGGGACGAGGAGACCUAAAGUCCACCCCCCCGCCCCCUGGUAUCCACUCCCAUCUGGAAAUGACUUGUCCUUAUUUAUUUUCUUAUUUAAUAUUUGAAUAUCCCCGGGGAAUUUGUCUUCAUCCCUGCAUCCCUCUGCCCCCUUGUGGUGAGAUGUGGUACAGGUACCGGCCACAGGUGUGUGGGUGACGUUGUCACCGUCAAGUGCCUUCACAUAUGACCACGGCUGAUGCUGAGGUCUGGUCCAAUCUCUCUCUCAGUGGAAUCAGUGACCCCCCCCCCCACCCCAAUCUUUGUUUCACACUGAACCAAGUCUUUUUUUUUUGCCACUCUUCUGAUUGGACUGCCAUUUUCUAAAAACAGUUAUAUUGGCUUAUAUAAAGGGACUGAACACUUUGGACUAUCAGAACCACGGCUGGAAGGGUGAAGCAGGCCAGAACCGGUCAGUCUCCACAGGGGAUUGUGGGAUACAAGAGCUGGUAUGGUCCACGGGUCACGGUCUAAACAAGCUCAUAGUAUAACCCAGGUUACAAUAAUGCUUCUCUGGUAUGUUCUUUCUUUUUACUUAAAAAGAAAUAAACUCUGUUUAGACCGUUCUAACAAAAGAAUUGUUCUUAUCAGUAAUGUGAUUUUGUAAUGAAGCCCUCAGCAGUAGAACCGGAGCCCAGCCCCCACAGAAUAAGGGAACUGAAGUAGGACCAUCAAAGUCCUGUGCUUGGUGCACCUGUGUGAGUUCUUUUUUUUUUUUUGCCCAAUUCAGCAACGUCUCUUUUCUUCUUUACCUGGAGGCCUUCAUCACCUGCAAGCACCUUCUCGUUGGCGUGACUUCUGAAGAGGCCUUCCGAGGCUAUUUUGUCACCCGAAUGAGUCAGGCAGAUACAUUUCCAUAUCAAAGCAUGUUUUGGGACCAAAUUUUACACAUCUGAGGAUCUGUAGACUAACCUACAAGCUGAGGUAUAACACGGGAGUUUGUACACUAAUCACUGUCUGUUCUUAUCCACACUAUGGGCCAUAGAGUUUGCGUAAAUGAGUUGAGCCUGACUUGUGUUAAGUCUUGGUACCUGUCAUUUUGAUAUUCGCUCAUUGUGUUCUAGAUGUUUCUCCUGCAACCUGUUGUAUGUAGGCAGUUUCCUAAGCUUUAACAGAAGUAUGUUCUUUCAAACAACGGGGGAUUCUCCCCCCGGCCACCAGAGGGCUGCGGUUUUGGAAGGGGGGGGGACACCACAGUGCCAGGGGAGGCCAGGUCCCAGUCAUGGGGCUUGCUGCAUCGUUCUUAAGGAAGGCCUCACAGCCUUUUGAGUGGUGUUGAAAUGCCUCUCUGCCAAGGCAAAUCAGAGACCACCAUCCUGCUGUUGUGCUAUGGUUAUGAAGAAUGGUGGCAUUUGCAUUAUGACAUCAGUUUACAGUAUAGUUUUCAUUGUCCCUGCUGUCCCUACAGGUUAACUUCACCUGUCAGAUACUAUCAAAUAGGAUGUAUUUAUAAAAAUUCAGGGGCAUCAAGGUCUUUCUAAUUUUUUUUUAUUUUUUAUUACAGUUUAACAAAACACUUUAACGUAACGGUUUAAUGUUUAACAGCUGAACAAAUAUGGAGUAUUGCAAUUAGCAAUUUUAAUUAUUAUUAUAAAUUCUGCUGCAAAUAAACCCUGUGUUGCAUCUUUGUUAUGGAAGGAAUCAGUAACGCUUACUUAUUUAAUAUGAAAUGUAUUUAGGGAAGUUUACACCCACUUAAGGGAUGUGUUCAGAUGUGGUGGGGUUUACUGGAAGUGUUAUACAUGCGUUAAACUGAUGUUUGGUUGUGAAACUCUUAAAUUCUUAAUUGAAAUAUUUCUCAGGUUAUGACCACUGCUACAUGCAAAUGAUAGUUCCACUGAUCUUAAGCUAUUAUAUAACUAGUAACUGUCCUUGUUUUGUCCCAUCUGCAGUUUUUUCUUGUAUACAAUAAUGUACUCUUUUUCCCUGCCACUUGUGAGAAACUUAUUGUGGGAAAACGCGAAAGUAUUUUGUGGUAAAGGUAAGUGCCUUAAUGUAUCAACUUUUUGAUACUGUAUAACAAGUCACAUCCAUAUUUUUGUAAUGUUUUUAUUGGAUAAAAAUGUGAGUAGUAAUUUCAGAAAUAUGGUUUGCAAAUGGUUUGUAAAUUAAUCUUGUCUGAAAAUGACAGAAUAAAGGCUGCCUCAUUUGCACUA